CAAAAAGAGAUUCUCGUUAACACAGCGGCUCAGGUUUUAGUGUCAUUAUCUCGCUACAUAUGCUUCUGCACCAACACUCUUUUCCUUUUGACUUUGAAUUUUCCACAACUUCUUUGCAUAUGUUAAGUACAACCUCGUUGCCGUCAGCUCUGCCCGAUUCCGCCGUAGAGCCCUCCCCCCUUCUUCGUUACUCCGUCUCCGAUCAAGAACUCCGACGGACGUCGGGGCCGUUAUGGAGCGCCGCGAGGUUCUUCGGGCAUGCUAGCGGGCGGCGGAUGAUGCUCCGGGAGACGUCGGUGCGGGUGCGAGAGAACGCGGCGGAGCAGCUGGAAGCGCGUCAGAGUAACUGGGCGUUCUCGAAGCCGGUGGUGAUCCUGGAUGUCGUUUGGAACUUGGCGUUUGUGAUUAGCGGGAUUGUCGUUUUGGGGCUGAGCGUUGAGGAGAAGCCUUCGGUGCCUUUGAGGGUGUGGAUUUGUGGGUACUUGCUUCAAGAUGCGUUUCAUUGUGUGCGUGUGACUCUUAAGUAUAGACGAUACAUGCAAGCCCAAGCUCGUUCUGCGUCCGAAGAACGGUAUGAGAAUGGGAUUUCUUGGGAAAGAGGUGUAGAUUUUAAUUCUAGUUCUGGGAGUGAUAUUGGCGAUGCAAAUGAUUCAGCUGACGAACAGGAUCAGGACGGAUAUAGCAUCAGGAAGCGCAUGGAAUCUGUAAAUACCAUGUUCUCAUUCAUAUGGUGGCUUCUUGGAUUUUAUUGGAUUACUACAGGAGGCCAGAGCUUGACCCAAGAUGCCCCUCUGCUUUACUGGCUUUGUAUUACCUUCCUUGCUAUCGACAUUGUAAUUGUUUUGAUCUGCGUGGUUGUGGCAUGCCUGGUUGGUAUUGCUGUUUGCUUCUGUCUUCCAUGCAUACUUGCAUUUUUGUCAGCGGUGGCGGAUAAGGAAGGGGCAACCAAGGAAGAAAUCAAUCGGUUGCCGAAAUACAAGUUCAGGAGAGCUGAUGAAAAUAAGCCUAAUGUUGAUGGUGAUGAUGCCGAAGCUUCAUCUUGUAAAGGAAUAAUGACAGAAUGUGACAGCGAUUCACCAGCAGAACACGUUCUUCCCACAGAAGAUUCAGAGUGCUGCAUCUGCCUGUGUCCCUAUGAGGAUGGGGCUGAGCUAAGAGAACUUCCCUGUACCCACCAUUUCCACACGGACUGCAUCGACAAGUGGUUGUACAUCAACGCCAACUGCCCUCUCUGCAAAUUCAAUGUUCAUACUGGAGACCAUUCGCAAGUUUGAAUUGGAAAAGAGGAUGCGUUUUCACAUUAGAUCAUGUGCUUUUUUCCAUGCAUGCUCUCACCAGCAUCAUACUGGCACUUGUUCCUGCUAUGUAUGUGAUUAAGAUGAGUUUAAUAUGUAAUACUUAGUAUGAUUGUAAUAAUAAAUUUAAUUUAACGGUUAAAGUAGGAAUGCAUAUGGAUGCCUCAUCUUAUACUCUGGAGUUGAGGGUUUGUUGUGGAGAGUGCAUAUAUGGGCUUGGGAGAAUUACAAUGAGAUUCUAAAGAAAGA